CCGAAAUGUUAGGUGUCCGGGUUUUUGUGGUGGCAGUACCACAGAAGAGAGGAAGCCCAAACGUUAUGGCUUAAGUCAAAGUGGUGCCUUUUUGAAGGGAGAAAUAGUAUUCAUAAUCUCUGACGAGUUACAGAUCAGGCCUGCCUCUCCUGCAGUUCUUGCUCAACUUAUUCCUGACAUGGGCUCAAGAGAUUGGAGUAGUAGAAUCAGGGAGAUGUGUGUUCAAGUUUCCAAGGCUGAGGUAAUAUGCUUGCUUGCACGUUCAUUGGUUUCAGAGUCUCCAAUAAGCGACGUCUUUCUGACUGAUGUUCCUGCAUAUGGUACAGCGGGAAUCCAAAUGAAGCCAUUGAAACUUGUUUCUACCUUUUCAUCACCAGCUUCCGAGUCGCUUCAGAAUGCUGAACAGAGUAAUGAUGCUAGCGUGAAUCUUAAAGUGACAUUGGUCAAGUCUACACAGGAGAUAUUGUUCGGUGAAGCGACAAAUGAGUUCUUUGAUUUCAUGUGCAGCUUUCUGACCACUCCUAUCGGAUCAAUGAUGCGUGUUUUGGAAGGGCAAUCGGGGCUAAAAUGCAUGGAUAACUUGUACACUAGUGUGCUAGAGUUGGAUCCGAACUGGUUUCAUUCUUCAAAUAAGUGUGGCUUACUCGAGCUUUGCAUUGCGCAAGAUCAUAACUGCAAGAAGCAGCUUAUCAAAUCUUUCAACACCAAACAUAUACUCGAGCAUCUCAUAAGCUCAAGGUGGAGCAAUAAUUUUACUGUGGAACCAUCAAUGUUCUUGGUUCCAGAUGAUUUUGAAGUAAAGCCUCUUUCUGCUACUUCCAGUUUCCUCUUACUAAAGAAAUUGGAAAUUUCUUUCAGUCAGACUGAAGAGCGAUGUGUCACUGUCGGUAUGAAAGAGGCCAUAAGCUUACUGAAGGCUGCUCUGACAUCAACAUCAUCUGCUCUUACAAAGGGAUUAGGCCCCUUCUUGCAGAAGCACAGCCCCUAGCUGCAGUGCUGCACCAUCUACUUACGCCCCAACGAAAAUAUCAGGGAGAACUUCAAGCUGUCUAAAUAAUGCUGCGAAAGUUCAGUUAUAUUUAUCUAGUUUUUUCAUUAUCUCAACUCUCAAGAAUGUUAUUCAAGUUUAUCUUUGUUCGGGGUAUAGUUCUGUACUUUAUAGUUUAUACCCAACUUUGUUUUGGUUUCCUAUAAUCCUAUAUUUAAAAGUGCACUUAGUUUCUUCAGUAUUGUCUUCCUUUAUUCUAAAAAAAUAAUGGCCUCAAAUACAGAAACCACCAAUAUAAUUUCUCAAUUUAAUGCAUUUUUAAAUUUUAUGUUUAGCAGAGGGGUGAUGCAACAUGCAAUACAAACAUUUUUUUAGACUUGGACAGUGUGGCUCAUUACAGACCAAUCAUGAAUUCUAUACCAUUGUUAUCAAGUGAGUUUAACUAAUUUUGAUGCCAUGUAGAAAUUUGAAAUUUCCUAAUAAAUGGUCAUCCUUAUGGAAGA